AUGUCUACCCCUAGCGAACAGGAUGUCGCUGCUUGCAUCGGCAAGGUGCAGUCGACGCAGCCUACGCUGGGCGCCCUGAAGAUCUUGGCGAUCAUCAAGGAGGAUCACCCAGACUGGGCUCUGUCGGAGAAGCGGUUCAAAAAGAUUCUCAGCGCCCAAUCGUCAGAGAGAACUACGCUUGUCGCUCGUACGGGUAUCGAUCCUAGCAUCGAUGUGGCGAGCAUUGCGCCAAAGGUCGAGGUGAAGCUAUUCGGGAAGGGCAAGGGAAAGGGAUUGGUAGCGAGGACGAAAAUUCUGAAGGGGGAGGUGCUAUGGCAGGAGGAACCAUGGAUUGCGACCGCUGAUCAACAACUCGACGCCCCCUUGGCCAACAAGGCGAUGUGCACUACAUGUCUCACCCUCUUCCUCGAACCCUCUCCACCUCUAUCAAAACCGUGCCCGUCCUGCGAUUCGGCCCAUUUCUGCAACCGUCUCUGUUUAGGACGAGCCAAGGAGGCGGCAGCGCAUCACGACCUCCUCUGUCCCGGCGCCAACCCUAGCUGCUGGCCCCUACUCAAAUACAUACGCGAUAAUGGAGCGCGGCAUCUGGCGGCGGUAGCUCGGAUCAUUGCGCUAUGGCGGGGCGCAAAGGCGAGUGGGGACGUGAAGGAGGCGACUCGGAUAGAGAAGAGGGUGUGGACGGGGAUGGCAAGGAUCAAUCAGCUGGACAAGGAAAAGGAGCGGAGAGAGUGGUCGAUGGUAGCAGAGACACGGUUGGCUGAGCUCCAUCACACCCAUCAACUAUUAUUGCAAGCUCUCCACCCCAGCUCGCCCGACGCUCGCUUCCAAAAGCUCAUCCGCAAAACCACAAUAUCCGAGGCAGAGGUGGACCGCUGGUUCUCCUUCGACAGCUACCUAGAACUCCUCGGCCUGGCCGGCAUCAACCAGGAGUCGUCCGGCGGUCUGUACGCCCUCCAUGCGCACCUGAAUCACUCCUGCGAACCGAAUCUUCAGGUACGCAAUCUCCCCAAGACCUUCAAAGCGCCCAGCCCGGAUCAACUCCCAUGCGACCUCCCGCCCCCGAACCCAGCCGGCGUACGGGGUACAAAUCGUCUGACCAUCCUCGCGCGGCGCGAUAUCGAAGCGGGCGAAGAGCUCUGUAUACCCUACGUCAACUUUAGUCUACCGCGCGCGGAGAGGAGACAGGACUUACGGGAGGCGUAUGGCUUUUGGUGCCAAUGUCCGAAAUGUGUUCGCGAGGAUGUAUAG